ACAGAGGGGACAGGGAGGGACAGGAGGGGAAAGGAGUGGACUGGGAAGGGACAGACGGGAGAGGCCGUGUGGCUGCGGGGCUCAGGGGAGAGCGCGAGAGCUUGGGGGAAGGCGGCGCUGGGGCGCGCAGGGAGGCCCGGCGCUCUCCGGGGCAGAGUUCACCGCUGAUACCGAGAUUAAAAAGCCAAUUGUAGAUAAAUCAGGGACACAGCCGGCCGUCAUGGCCUCACGGAGGUGUAGGUGGCUCUUGGUUUGGGAAAUGUCUGCAAAACGCUUUCUUUGGAACAACAAAUGUUUCAGUUUUCUGAUCAGGCCAUCUUUGUUUCUGUCCCGAACACCAAGGGAGGAAUUCCGUGUGGGAGGGUGGAAUUACAUUUUGGAAUUACUCUUUGUACAUGAGUGAAAGGGGCAGGAACAUAAUGAGGAAACCAUUUCAUAGAAUCUUAGGCUGGCUCGGGUUGAAAGGACCUUAAGUCCCAUCUCAUUCCACCCCUGCCAACACCUUCCACUAGACCAGGUGGGAUUCCAGGUAAUUUCCCAAGUCCAGGCUGCUUUCUGGGUGCUGCAAACAUAUUUUUUCCCUUUUUGCUGCACUUGAAGAAGUCAGGCAGGAUGCACUGAAGGACUGCAGAGAUCCAGCAGAGGCUGAUGCUUCAGGUAAUGCCUGGCUGGCCUCGGGAAUUCCAGCUUUCCUUGGGAAUUCCAGCUGGGUUGUUGCUCUCCUGCUCCCUGUUUGGAAUGAGGAGCUCUGCCCAGUUGCUGCAUUCCUCCCGAGGAGUUUUUACUGCUUUUCAGAGUUUGAAUCCACUUCUGUCUCCUCAGUGUGGGGGUUAAAUUCCCCCUGCCCUGGAAAGGUCAGAGCCUGUGUUCCCUGUGUUUGUUUUUAGAGGCAGCCCGGGGCUCGGCUGGCAUUGGACACUUGCUUGGAUCGCUGCCAGUUCCACAUUUAACUCGGGGCUGUCCUGAGGCAGCACCGAGGCAGCUCCAGCUCAGAGCCACUGCAAGUGAGCCCCUUCCUUUCUCAGGAAGACAGCUGAGAAAGGAAAGCUGAUGGAUUUCACCAGCACUGUCAUCAUCCCGCUGCUCUUCGGCAGCCUGGGGAUCUUCGCGCUGUUCCGGCUGCUGCAGUGGGUGCGGAUGCGAGCCUACCUGCAGGAGGCUGUGGUGGUGAUCACUGGGGCCACCUCGGGCCUGGGGAAAGAAUGUGCCAAAGCUUUCCAUGCAGCUGGCUCCAGGCUGGUGCUCUGUGGCAGAGACAGUGAGAAGCUGAAGGAGCUGGUGCAGGAGCUUUGUGCUGUGAAGAAUCACCGCAAGAAGACACACGAGCCUCACACCGUGGUGUUUGACCUGUCAGACACCAAGGCUGUGGUGAAUGCAGCUGAGGAGAUCCUCAAGGCCUUGGGUCACGUGGACAUCCUGAUCAACAACGCUGGCAUCAGCUUCCGAGGCACCAUUGUGGACACAGGACUGCAUGUGGAUAAGAAAGUGAUGGAAACAAAUUACUUUGGACCCAUAGCCCUCACCAAAGCACUUCUCCCCUCCAUGAUCAAGAGGAGACAAGGCCACAUUGUGGCCAUCAGCAGCGUGCAAGGCAAAAUAAGCAUUCCUUUCAGAUCUGCAUAUGCUGCUUCUAAGCAUGCUACCCAGGCCUUCUUUGACUGUCUGCGAGCAGAGGUGGAGCAGUAUGACAUUGAAGUGACAGUUGUGAGCCCUGGGUACAUCCAGACCAACCUGUCCCUCAACGCUGUCACAGCGGACGGAUCUCGCUAUGGAGUUAUGGACAAGACCACGGCCGAGGGACAGACGGCGGCCGAGGUGGCUCAGGUGGUUCUCAAUGCAGUGGGACAGAAGAAGAAGGAAGUGCUUGUGGCUGGCCUGACCCCCUGCCUGGCUGUCUACCUGAGGAACCUCUGCCCCAGGCUUUUCUUCACCUUAAUGGCAUCUAGAGCAAAAAAGGAGAGAAAAGCAAAAGGCUCUUAGAGCUCAGCUGCCCUGAGCAGGGAGAGGCUGAGCCCCUGCAGCUGGCUGGGACAUCACUGGAGGUGCUCCUGCAGGAAAAUCCUUUCUCAAAAAGCUGUUUACCAUUGCAUGGAGACUGGGAAGUGGUUUUCCCUAUGCUGCUGGAAGACAGCACCUAAACCUCAGGAAGGGUGCUUGGACAAUGGGGGAGAGCUGAGGUGCAGGGGAGGGCUCAGGGGAACACUGCAGCCGGGGAGGCCCCUGCCUGGGAAACUCCUCACCUCAACUGCAGCUCAGCUUUACUGGCCUGCUACAAAUAAAACCCACCUGUUCUGCCUUCACACGAGCAGACCUCUGCUGUCCCCACCCCUGUGAAAUACAGUCCUCAGCUGGGAGCUCUCGUGAUCAGUGUCUCAUUCCCACUCCUUCCAAUCUGAUCCAGGACAUGCUGCUUGCAGUGGGAAACUUCACAGCCUCUUCCUGUUAACGUGCCAAGUCAUCUGAUAAAUUAAGCUCAGUCCAGUGCCACUUUUAAAGAAGUAACUGAUGUACAGUUUGGGUGUAUUUGGCAUCAUUUUACCUGUCUGAAUCAUGCCCUACUGAUGUACUGGGACAGUUAAUUCUGCAGUGACAGCGCUCUGUGGAUCCCUGCCCAAGGAAUGCAGGGAAGCACUGAACAGGUAGGACAGCACAGCAAGGCAGCUGCUGCCAGGACACCUGCACAGGUGACAGCAGCACACCUGGGCCACCUGCAGCUCAGAGCAGGUGUGAUCCUGUGGAUGCCAGGCACUCUCUGGCACUAGAAAAGAAUCCAUGUGUGUAAAGUGUAGCAGACAGACCCUUUGUUCUCAUCUGUUUUCAAGCAAUCACAGAUGGUAAUUAGGAUGACAUCCAGUGGGGAAUGACACCUGGCUGUUCAGGUAUCACUUCAGGAGCCUGACAGCCUGAAGGGGUGCUGUGUUCCAUUCCUCACCUCCUCAUGUGAGGGAUACCAGCACCAUUAGGAAAAAGGAAUUGUUGCACAGAGAUAGGACAGACGUAAUCUUAAAAUUGAAAUAAACUCUACUAAUAGGAUCCAAGGUUCAGACCUUUCCUGCCACCUCCAUGCACUUGUCAGCAUUUUCCAUGUGUCCUCCUCACAUGUCCUGCCUGGGAGUGCACAUCUGAUGACAAAUAAAUUACAUUGCUAUGAAAUGAA